AUGGGUGAUGUUGAGAAAAGCAAGAAGAUCUUUGUUCAGAAGUGUGCCCGGUGCCACACUGUAGAAAGGGGGGGCAAACACAAGACUGGGCCAAAUCUCCACGGACUGUUUGGGCGGAAGACAGAUCAGGCUGCUGGAUUCUGUUACACAGAUGCCAACAAGAACAAAGGCAUCACCUGGGGAGAGGAUACACUGAUGGAGUAUUUGGAGAAUCCCAAAAAGUACAUCCCUGGAACAAAAGUGAUCUUUGCUGGCAUUAAGAAAAAGGGAGAAAGGGCAGACUUAAUAGCUUACCUCAAAAAAGCUACUAAUGAGUAAUAGCCACUGCCUUAUUUAUUACCAAACAAAUGUCUCAUGGCUUUUUUAUGUGCACCAUAAUUUAAGUGAUGUGAUACACCAGAAUUCAGAUCA